CAGAAAAAGUUCUCAACUGUAUUCUGUGACAAUGGAGGACACAGAGAAAAGAAAAAUAAAAGAAAUGAUGAGAGAAAGAGAGAUAUCAGGACAGACAAUGGAUUGGAUGUACAAGGGAGAUAAACCUAACGAGGAAGAUUACCUUCUAGGGAAACGUGUAGAUAGACAUGUGGAGAAAGAAGAAUCUCCUAAGCCAGAUGAUAUCUUUGGCGAGAGAAUAAAGGCAAAUAUUGCUCUUGAUAUGGCAGCCAAGGCUAGAGAAGAUCCCUUGUUUGCUAUACGAAAACGAGAAGAGGAAGCAAGAAAACGUAUCUUAGAAAACCCCAUAAAGAUGAAAAUGCUGAAGAAAAGUAUAGAAAAACAACAGAAAAAGGAAAAAAAGAAAAAGAAAAAACACAGUGAUUCAGAAGAUGAUGACAUCAUGCAGAAAUAUCUUUCAAUUUUAAGCAAAAAACAAAAGGGAAAAGACAAAAAAAGACACAGUGAUUCUCACAGGAAACAUUCAGAUGAUUCAGAUGACAGUGACAAUGAACACCGAGUGAGAAGGCAAGAAGAUUACCAAAGAAACAAACAUAGACAAGACUUCAACUAUCACAAUACAAAGCAUUCAAAACAUAGGUACAAACAUCAGCGAGACUCAGAUAGUGAUUCAAAUUCAAGGCAUAGAAACUCUUACCGGAAAGAACACAAAGCACAUAGAAACAAGCGUGAUAAUGACUCAGAUGAAACUGAUGAAAGGGAAAAAACAAAGGACAGAGAAAAUAAGAGGAAGUCUGAUCAUUCUUCAACAAAGCAUCCAAAAGAACGUCAACAUGGACAUAGACACUCUAUGUCUGAGCCACAGAGACAACUGUCGCAUGUUGACUCCAGUAGCAGUGAGAGCAGCGAGGACAGUAGUGGUGACGAUUCAGAUAACCAGAGAUACAAAGCAAAGAAAUAUGGCCUGAUUGUCAAUAAGAAUAAAAUACAAUCAGGGACAGAAAGAAAAUCAGAAAAAACAAGGCGGUUGUCGCCUGAACAUCACUCAAGGUCACAAGGGUCACAUAGAAGGUCAAGGUCUCCAAAAAGAAGGUCAAGGACGCCAGAAACGAGAAAAUCUUCAAAAUCAGACGAUAAAGAUAGGAGGAAGAAUUCUCCUCCAAGAAAAUUGACAUCAGAGGAGAAAAAGCGUAAGCUUGAAGAAAUGAUGAGUAAUGCAGAAUGGCGUGAGGGACAACGUAAACAGAAUGUUAGUCGUUACAGGGAGGAGGAUGCACAGGAGUCACUGCGUCAGAAACAGGACAAACAAGGGGACAAGUUCAUAAAUUCAAUGAUGUCCAGUCAUGCAGAAAAGAGCUCAGUGGCAGACCGAAUCAAAAGGAACAAGUACAACAUUCAGAGGACCAAUGUUGAUAUGAAUAAAGACUUUCUGAAGAAGUGACCAUAGAACUUUCAUACGUAUUAAAACAUUAUAAACUCAUAUUUUUUGCUACUGUUGGAAACUAGAAUUGUUUGUAAUUAAAUAAGUGAUCAUGA